CUCGUUGCAUAUCAUUAUAGAAACUCUUAUCGCAGGAAACUAUAAACGAUAAAUAUGUACACGGAAAGAAAGUGCGUUAUAUUAGAAAAUGAUCGUCUGUAAUGUAUACAAAUCAUCUCUUUCACCCCUAUGUUGCGACGAACUAUUUCUGACUUUUAAUAUUCUGAAAAUUUUUCCGUCUCGAGACAAAAGCAUUUAUCUACGAUAACACCGACGACGACAUACAAUUUCUUAUGAUAAAAAAGCUGUUAUUAAGACAUAAACUCAAUGUAUGCCACGAUAAUCGAGAUAUAGGGAGCUACUGACAAGGAAUAAUGCAUAUACUUCCAGUGUCAUUUGCUCUGUUCACUUACACCGGCUAUUGGAGACCGGUGCAUUUUCCUGUCAACUCGUGGAAAUAUUGGUUGUACAAUCUUUACUCCGUUUGCAUGUUCACUUUAUUACAAUUAUUUGUGUUCUACGGUAUUGUUGACACUUUUGUCGCGUCGACGAGCUUACAGGAAUUCAUAGACAAGUGUUCUUUGUUGCUUUCGUGCUUUGGCGUUUCUUGCAAAAUCGUGCAUCUUUUUAUACGUCGCGAAAAAAUUAUUGAACUGGACAAGAUGUUAUUAAAGGAUAAUUGUAUUCCCAGAGAUAUAGAAGAAAGAUUGAUUAAACAAAAAUUUGAUCGACACGCGAGACAGAUCACGAUUGCCUGCGAGAUCCUCAAUGAAUCCUGCGCAAUGUGUGCAACUUUCGUGCAAUUUUACAUAUUUCUGAAAACGCGCACCUUACCUGUGUAUAACUGGGCGCCCUUCGAUCUAUCAUCGAUAUAUGUCUUCUUGCCUAUGUUAAUAUUCCAAUGUGUAGUUUUGUGCCUUUGCGCCAAUUGUAGUGUCGCGCACGAGACUCUAAUUUCCGGUAUGAUGAUUCAAACUUGCGCACAAUUCGAAAUUCUGUGCCAUCGUGCUCAUAUAUUACCGGCGUUGCUGACAGAAGCUGAAAAGAAUAGUCAGUCAGACGAGGAUCUGAUAGUACGCGAGAAAACAAUCAUUCGCGAUCUAAUAUAUCAUCAUAUUUACAUUUAUAAAUUCGCACGCAUGGUCAAUGCAGUUUUUACAGUGAUAAUGUUCGUUCAAUUUUCUCUCAUCUCUUUAGUCCUCUGCAUGAGUGUCUACACAUUAUCUACAAUGACAUCAUUAUUCAACCUCGAUUUUGCAUACAUAUUUUCUUAUUUGUGCUCCAUGCUCACUCAAAUAUUUCUUUAUUGCUGGUAUGGCAACGAAUUGACAUUAAAGAGUACCGAUGUCGGCACUGCUAUUUAUGAGAUGGAUUGGACGACUUUAAGAGUCCGAGUAAUGAAAGAUCUUAUGAUAAUAAUGGUACGUGCUGGUAAACCUGUUAAAAUGUCGAGUGGUUACUUGGUUACUUUAACCACCGAAUCUUUUAUGAACAUUCUCAAACUAUCUUACUCGGCGUAUAAUUUCUUAAAAGGUUAAAUGGAACAAAAAUAGCAGGCUGAAUGUAUAGAUUUUCAGUCAUGUAUUGCCUAUAUUUAGGUAAUACUAGUUCUAAUAUAAGAUAAGAACAAGUCAUUAAAUGUAUAGUCAUUUAAUUUUAAUCACGCCAUUUUUUAUGUUCAGGAAUUUUAAG